AUGUCUUCCGAGAUAGCUCCGACAGAGACUUCCCCUCUGUUGGGACCGCAGACCGGCAAUGCUCCUAUUACUGGUGCAAUCUCCAACAAUGUCCUCCGAGAUCCCGAGGCGGAUUCAUACAAGGAUGACUUAGGACCGAGAUAUAACCUUCGAUACAUUGUCCCUGCCGUCUCUAUUGGGGUUUUCCUUUCCGCAGCUGACCAAACCAUCAUCAUGGCUAGUUACGGUCAGAUCGGAUCGGACCUGAAAGCUCUCAAUUUGACCAGCUGGGUGGCCACUUCGUAUUUCAUCACGCUGGCAAGCUUUCAGCCAUUGUACGGAAAACUGUCCGACAUAUUUGGCAGGAGAACCUGUCUCUUGUUCGCAUAUGUUAUUUUCGGACUCGGAUGUUUGUUCUGCGGUCUGGCACGGAAUAUUCAUGAAUUGAUCGCCGCUCGUGUUUUCCAAGGUAUCGGAGGCGGCGGUAUGACCACUGUUGUCAGCAUCCUGAUGAGUGAUAUCGUUCCUCUUCGGGAUCGGGGAGUGUGGCAAGGCGUCAUCAAUAUCAUCUAUGCCACCGGCUCGGGAACGGGAGCUCCUCUAGGUGGCAUACUAGCAGAUUACAUUGGUUGGCGAUGGGCCUUCCUCGCUCAAGUUCCACUCUGUAUCCUUGCAUUCCUAGCCGUCUCAAUUAUGUUGGACUUGCCUGCUGAAGAAGACAGCCACUGGAAGACCAAGCUGCGCCGUAUCGAUUUCCCCGGAGCUCUUGUUCUUGUUGGGGCUGUGGUUGGUCUCCUGCUGGGCCUUGACCGAGGCAGCAAUGUCUCCUGGACGAUACCGUUGACCAUCGCUUCUCUGUCUGCCUCGAUUGUCCUUUUGGUACUCUUCGUGGUGAUUGAAGUCUACUUCGCCGCCGAGCCAUUUGCCCCUGGCCAUAUCAUCUUCAACCGGACCUUUUUUGCCAGCUAUUGCUGUAACUUUUUCAGCUUCGGAGGUUGGAUAUCAGGACUCUUCUUCAUACCCCUGUAUUUCCAGGCUGUGGAUGGCGUGUCCGCUACGGUUUCUGGUCUGCGCCUUCUCCCAAGUAUAUUGGCUGGUGUCACUGGAUCUCUCUUCGCUGGCUACGUUAUGAAGUGGACAGGAAAGUACUACUGGCUUACGAUUAUCGCAUACGGCCUCCUGACUGUGGGCCUUACCAUCAUUUACUUUUUCUCGGGCGGACUGACAGAGAGACUUGUCCCUCUAAUUCUUGGUAUGGUGUGUUGCGCAUUUGGAAAUGGUAUUGGUGUGACGACGACCUUGAUUGCCCUGAUCUCAAACGCGACUCCCGAGGACCAGGCUGUUGUUACUGCCUGUUCAUACCUCUUCCGCUCGUUGGGCUCUGUCAUCGGUGUCUCGCUGUCCUCGACUGUGGUCCAGCAGGUUCUCCGUACCCGGCUCAUCUCCGCCCUGCAUGAUAGCAGGGAUAUUGACCGCAUCGUUGAAGGGGUGCGACAGAGUCUGGACUACAUCAAGACACUUGAUCCGGCAGUCGGAAAGAUCGUCCGAGGCUGCUAUGGAGCGGCAACCAACAAGGGCUUCGCCUUUAUGGUUGGCGUAGUCUUCUUCUCCCUUGUGAGCAGUUUCUUCAUCCGUGAGCGCAGGUUAAGUGGGUAA